AUGCAACCGAUCGAAGGAGCCCCAUUUCGCUGGCUCUUCGUCCUGGCCGUGCUGGCUUGGAGCAGCGUUACGCUUGCCACUGGCCAGCGGGACAACAUUUGCCCGCCGCAGGACAUCAUCCUGCCGUGCCGAUGUUCACAGCGAGGCAGCGAGAUUCAGAUAUGGUGUUCCCACAGCGAUCUGCCUCGCGUGCUGAUGGGUCUGAAGGCGGUCUCGAAGUCGAUCAACCGGCCGAUCGAUGAGCUAAUUCUGGAGAACAACUUCCUACCGUCGCUCCCGGGCCGAACGUUUGCACCGCUCAGCGUGCUGCGGCUCAUGCUGCGCCACAACGGACUCGAGCGGCUAUCGAACGGAUGGCUUAAUGAUCUGGACAAGAGUUUGGUGGAGAUUUUUAUCGUCGAACGCAGCCUGCGGAGCAUCCCGGGGGACAGCCUGAGUGGGUUGCGCAAACUGGAAGCGGUCACCAUCCAGAGCGAGCACCUGAAACGGUUGCCGGAUUUUUCGGGCCUCGCCAAGCUGCGCUACAUUAACGUGCAAAGUGGAUCGCUGAUCGAGCUGUCACCGCAGCACUUCCGUGACCUGGUCGGCCUGGAGACGGUGCACGUGACGGGGAGCGCUAGCUUGACGCGUCUGGAGGGCGGUCUGUUUAACGAUCUGCCGAAGCUGAGCCUGAUCGAUCUGUCGGAGAAUGGGCUCAGCUGGGUGCACUUGCGCACGUUUGUGGGGUUGCCGGCGCUGAAGACGCUGCAGCUGGCGGGCAACAAGAUCACCGACGCCGGCAUGAUUGGCCGGGCGGUCAAGGACAUUCACACGCUGCAGACGCUCAAGAUGGAGCGCAACAUGAUCGCGAAGUUGGGCGAGGGCAGCUUCGUCGAUCUGCCGUCGCUGAAGGAGCUGUACCUGCAGGAUAACGGCAUCACGGAGAUCUUCCACGGGGCGUUCCACCGGACGCCCAGCCUGAAGCUGGUGCACCUGGAGAACAACUAUCUGCGGCGCGUCCACCCGGAAUCGUUCCUGCAGGCCUCCGGGAGCGGCGUGGAGACGGUGCACCUGCAGCAGAAUGAAAUCGGGCGCGUGGAGGAACUGCGAUCGCUGCUGGACGCGCUGCCGAUGCUGCGGUUCCUCGAUCUGAGCCACAACAAGCUCGAGUCGAUCCCGUUCGGGGCACUUCGCGGCCACGGCACCCUGGAGCAGCUGUACCUGAACCAGAACCGCAUACGGAUGAUCGAACGGGACGCGUUCAUGGCGAUGCCCGGGUUGCGGGAGCUGCGCCUACAGAACAACUCCCUGACGGAUCAGCUCCCGAUGCCGUUCUGGAACCUGCCCGGUCUCAAGGGCAUCGACAUCUCGUACAACGGCUUCCGCCGGAUGGACCCCAAUCUGCUGGUGGGGGUUCCGUCACUGCGGCGCCUCGACAUCAGCGGCAAUGCACUGUCCGCGAUCGAACCGAGCGCAUUCGGCCAUACGCCGCUUCUGGAGACGGUGAACAUUUCUUCGAACGAGCUCACCCUGAUCCACCCGGGCACGUUCCGGGAGCUUAGUCACAUGUUCGAGCUGGACGCCGGCGACAAUCGGUUGCAGGAGUUCAUUCCCGGACUGCCGGUGGCCGUCGAGCGGAUUAAUCUGCAGCGUAAUCGCAUCGCGCAGCUGCCGGCCCCGGCCAGCAAACUGUGGGACCUGCCGAACCUGCGCAUGCUGGACCUCAGUGGCAACGAGCUGACGCGCCUUCCGCGGGCCGUCUUUCAGCCAACGCCCCAGCUCCGGCUGCUGAGUCUGGCCCGCAACCAGCUGCAGUCCGUCGACGACGGAAGCCUGCUCGGACUCGGCCGUCUGGAGGUGCUCAACUUGCAGGACAAUCGCGUGCUGGCACUGCACGAGCGGUGCUUUAGUCCGUUAGAGAAUCUGCGCGAUCUCAACCUGCAGGGCAACCGGAUCGAGGUGCUGGUGGACAAUCUGUUGGACGCGAAUGCGUUUCUGGAACAGUUUGACGCGUCCCGCAACAGCAUCGUCGAUAUAUCGGGCAAAGCGUUCCGUAACAGCCGAUCGCUGCAGACGCUCGAUCUGUCUUCGAAUCAGCUACGCGAGCUACCGGAAUCACUGUCCGGAUUGGCGGAACUGCGUGAUCUCGACCUGAGCUACAAUCAGCUGACGGAACUGUCACCGAACGUGCUCGUUUCGUGGCGCAACCUGGAGGAGCUGAAAGUGUCCAACAAUAAGGUGAACCAACUGCACCAGGGAUCUUUGCGGAAUCUGCCGCUGCUGCAGUACCUCGAUCUUUCGAGCAACGAGUUGACCCUACUCGAGCACGGUGCGUUGCGGAACUUGCCCGAACUGCAAGAGUUGGUGCUGGCGGACAACAAGCUGACGGAGCUGAAGGAACGUGUCUUCGAGGAUCUCCCAAGUCUGCAGGCCGUUCACCUGCAGCAGAACAAUCUUCGGUACAUCUCACCGUACAGCUUCUACCGAUCGCCGUCGAUCGUGUAUCUGAAUCUGUCGUCGAAUCAGUUCCGCAGCUUGGACAGUGUCGGUCUGCGGAGCGUGCGCAACCUGGAGGUGUUGGACCUGACCGCGAACGGUAUCCGCAAGAUCACCCCGAACCCGCUGCGUGGGCUCGAUUGGCUGGUGGAACUGAAGCUGGACGGAAACCAGAUCUGUGGCAUCCAGGGGGAACCGUUUGCCUCGAUGCCCCGGCUGCGGGUGCUCAGUAUGCGCAACAACCGGAUGUCCCGUGUCCCGGAGCAGACGUUCCGCAGCCUGCGGACCAACAUCGCCAUUUUCGACGUUGACGGAAACCCGUUGAACUGUGACUGCGAUAUGCUGUGGUACCUGGCGUGGCUCCAGGAAACCCGAAGCAACGUUUAUCCGGGGCCGCGUUGUCGCGAUGGCAAGAUGUUGCUGGAUAUGCGACUGUCCCGCACGGAGUGCCAGAAGAACGCACAGCGAACGGAUCCGGCUUUGGGCCACGGUGCCGGCAACGGGUUGCCGCUCACCAAUGAGCAUGGCGACGUGUUCGUGCGGACCCUGGACUACGAUGAGUGUGGACCGGAGAGCUACGAAGCCGGUCUACCGGCGGGACCCCCGUAUCGGCCGGCCGGUGGUGGCUUGCCGGAUGACUACUUCUUCGAUCAGUACGUGGACUACCCGAACGGACUGCCGAAUGACACGAACCGACCGCAGAACGCCACGCCCGUCGCCGGGGACUCGCGGCGCACCAACUACAGCACCAACUUUGUGGACUUUAACAACAACAAGUUCAACCAACGACCCGUGGGCCUCCUGGGACCGGGUGUACUGCCACCGGACGCACACGACACAACGUCCCCGUUCACGUUUUUCGGCCUUCCGUUGCCCAGUCUAAAUAUUGGCAAAAUGUUUGGUGGAGUAGGCCGCAAUGCGAACAACCGGGCGUCCGGUGGUCCGGGUGGCAUCGGAACGCGCGGUAAAGGCCGGGUGCAGGUCUACAACAAGCAGGGUGACCCGGAGCAGAACGGAGUUGGUUUCCGGCCGGAUGGUCCGAAGACGGACGCGAUCACGGUGAAUCAUGGUCAGGCGGCCGAUCCGCUGGACAAAAAUCCGGGCGCAACGAACGAAAACAAUCUGUUCUAUCGCCCGUACUUCCAGACCUCGUACCAUCGGCCGCCUUCCGGUGGGGCCACGGGGGUGCAGGUUCAGACCGGAGGCUUUACGCCCAUGCUGCCCGGUGCGGUCGGAGGAUUCACUCCGAUCACGGACCCCACGCUGAAGGUGAUCAAUCAAAACUACACCGAACCGGCGGCCGGCACGGGUCGUUGGCCAACGGAAUACCACGAACGGGUACCGCUGGUCACCGAACCGACCCGGUACCUGCAGCAGAACAAGUUCGAGGCCACCAUCAAACCGUCGCACAACAGUGCCCCGUACUUUGUGGACGGAAUUUCUCAUCACCACGAAUCGAAUGCCAGCGCACCGGAAGUGGUACGCGGCGGUGGUGCGCGCAAUGUCACCACCACCGGCGGGGAAACGGCAUCCGGGAAUUCGGAAAUGAGCGAAGACGAAGAAGAGGACGAGGAAACCGGGGACGAUCAGGAAGGGGAUGAGGUGGAAGACCUGAACGCUAGCGAAGGAACCGAAACGAAGCCCGGAUUGACGGCGGGUGACGUCACGACGAGACUGUCGAUUGAACUGGCCACCCCAACGAUCGGUCCGACGGGUGGGAACGCGUACAAUAAGGCGUACACAACGCCCAGCCCGACGGUGCGUGAUCUGACCCGGAUGCCCGGCCGAGAGUUUUACGAUGGUUCCAGCAAUACCCCCACGUCCCUGUCGGCUUUGAUCCGUCCUCCGCCGGGCAAGUCCACGAUCGAAAAGGUCCCCUCGCCGGUGGUGUCUACGGUGACACCGUACUUCCCCAAUCCGACCACCGGCAGCACGGCACCACGGUUGAUACCGAAGAUCGAAACAACGGCCGACAGCAGCAAUGGUGGCGAUCAUCACUUUGGACCGCCGAACAUUAUCGACCUGUCCCCGUCGAGUCACCAUCAUCCGCCGGGAGACAGUGCGAAUGAGAUCCGCAAGCGGGAGGACAUGGAUUGGUAUUUUGCCAACUACAACCACACGCAGCACUACGAUUUCGAUGAGCUGGAACUGAACAGCUUCCGAAGUGCAGGAGGGUCGGCCAUCGGAAGCGGUUGGCGUUGGGUGGUUGUUGGUUCGCUGCUUGCGAUUCAAGCAGUGGCCCGGUGCGCCACCGCAUGGUGA